CCACACUAUCCCCCUUCAACCCCCAAACCCAAGAGAGCCCAGAAAGUUUGUUCCUCCUCUCACUCAGCUAGAAAGUCUCUUCUUCCUCUGAUCUCCUCUCUCUCUCUCUCUCGCAUUGCCCCCUUCUUCUUCCUGCUCUGCAGGCAGUCAGCUGUGUUCUGAAUCUCCUCUGGUUCCAUUCCCUGCCCAAAAAGCUUGUCCUUUUACACAACAUGUAACUCAACCUUCCCAAGUUCUCUGGCAACUCCUCUCCUUUUUGCUCGAUUCAUGCUCGCCUCCUCUCUGGGUGUGCCAAAGAUUUGAGUUUCCUUCCUGGGUCUCAACCAUGGACUCUCGUUAAUCUCUUCCCAGCCACAGCCGACAGAGUUCCCAUAAUGGGUGUCCGUUAAUCUUGUCUUUUUUUCUUUUUUUGAGCUCUGCCUGAUCUCUCAUCUUCUUCGCCCUCUCUAGCUUUCGAUACUGUAUCAUGUAAAAUACUAGCCCGUACCAUGUGAGUGGUCUCGAGCUUGCUUUGCCGCAUUUCACAUUUUUUGUCGCCUCAACUGAUGAACUUCGAGCUUCUCCUUUGACUAGAGAGCAUGAUGGACCGGAGCUGGCUGAAAGUUAACCGCUAGUUGAAUUGAAUCUAACCACCAUAAAAAAGAAAGGCAUUUCCUGUUUAGUUGUUUCAAAAGUAUGCAUUUUGCUCGUUAGAUUUUCCUCAUAGCUCGCUAAAAGAUGGUGUCGAAGUAGAUUGAACUCGCUGCUGAUCGAUUCUUUUGUUCUUGGACUUAGAAGCAAGACAAGAGAGUACUAAACAUCAAUUCCUCAUAUAGGCUAUACUUGCAAUGUAAAGAUUGGUUAGUUUCAUUCUUUUAUACAUACCAUGACUCAUAAAAUGAAUCAACAUUCUUUCAAAGCCUUCUUUCGCAAUUCUAGGAUGAUCAGAAAGUGUGUGUCUCUCUGCCCGUAGUUUCUCUUGCUUAUGCAGUUUUAAUUGUAUCGUGUUGGCCUCUCGAGUCCCUACUGGUUACACCCUUCUGCUUGAUUUCUUCCCCCCCCCCCCAAAAAAAAAAAAAAAGGCUUCUUUGGUUAGUUCACUCUUGGGAGUACUCAUGGAAGAGACCUUUGUUCCCUUUCGCGGAAUAAAGAAUGAUCUCAAAGGACGGGUCUUGUGCUACAAGCAAGACUGGACUGGUGGAAUUCGUGCUGGUAUCAGAAUCUUGGCGCCAACAACAUAUAUAUUCUUCGCCUCGGCAAUUCCGGUCAUAUCAUUCGGGGAACAGCUGGAAAGAAACACCAAUGGAACAUUGACUGCAGUGCAUACUCUCGCAUCAACUGCACUCUGCGGCGUGAUACACUCCAUACUAGGAGGGCAGCCACUUCUCAUCCUCGGAGUUGCUGAGCCAACAGUCCUGAUGUAUACUUUCAUGUUCAAUUUUGCGAAGGACCGAAAGGAUUUGGGCCAGCAUCUGUUCCUUGCCUGGACAGGAUGGGUUUGUGUGUGGACCGCUCUUUUGCUGUUUUUACUGGCCAUUCUCGGCGCAUGCUCUAUAAUCAAUAGGUUUACACGCCUUGCCGGUGAAUUAUUUGGCCUUCUUAUUGCUAUGCUCUUUAUGCAGCAAGCCAUUCGAGGAGUCGUGGAGGAGUUUGGCAUUCCUGAGAGAGAGAACCUAAACCAGGCAGCUCUACUGCCUUCAUGGCGAUUCGGGAAUGGAGUGUUUGCAUUGGUGCUGUCUUUUGGUCUUCUCCUUACGGCACUAAGGAGCCGUAAAGCAAGAUCGUGGCGCUAUGGAACGGGUUGGCUUCGAGGUUUUAUUGCAGACUAUGGGGUUCCGCUUAUGGUGCUGGUGUGGACUGCCAUAUCAUACAUACCGGUGAGACAUGUCCCAAGAGGGAUUCCCAGGCGGCUUUUCAGUCCAAAUCCAUGGUCUCCUGGUGCAUACUCAAACUGGACUGUCGUCAAGGAAAUGGUGAAUGUGCCACCACUGUACAUUGUCGGAGCUUUUAUUCCCGCCACUAUGAUAGCCGUGCUGUAUUACUUCGACCACAGUGUCGCGUCUCAGCUUGCUCAACAGAAGGAAUUUAAUCUGAAAAAACCAUCCUCUUAUCAUUACGAUCUCCUUCUUUUGGGUUUCUUGACCAUUCUGUGCGGUCUUCUAGGCAUUCCACCUUCGAAUGGUGUGAUCCCACAAUCUCCAAUGCACACAAAGAGCUUAGCUACCUUAAAACAUCAGCUUCUGUGGAACAAGUUAGCAUCGACUGCUAGGAGAAGCAUGAAGAAGAACUUUAACCUCGGGCAGUUAUACCGGAACAUGCAGGAAGCCUACAAUGAGAUGCAGACUCCGCUUGCCUACCAGAUGCCACCUGCUCUGGGCCUGAGAGAGCUGAAAGAGUCCACGAUCCAACUGGCCUCAAGAACAGGCUACAUCGAUGCUCCCGUGGAUGAAACUAUCUUCGACGUGGACAAAGACAUCGACGAUCUUUUGCCUGUCGAGGUUAAGGAACAGAGACUGAGCAACCUUCUGCAGGCAUUAAUGGUGGGCUGUUGUGUUGCUGCAAUGCCUUUGCUGAAGAAGAUCCCAACAUCGGUGCUUUGGGGCUAUUUUGCUUUCAUGGCAAUUGAGAGCUUGCCCGGGAAUCAACUCUGGGAGAGGAUUCUGUUGCUUUUCACUGCUCCCAGUCGCAGAUACAAGGUUCUGGAGAAGUAUCAUGCAACAUUUCUCGAGACGGUACCCUUCAAGACAAUUGCCGCAUUCACCUUAUUCCAAACGGCCUACUUGCUCCUGUGCUUUGGCAUUACGUGGAUCCCUAUAGCUGGUGUCCUCUUCCCACUCUUGAUCAUGUUGCUCGUUCCUGUGAGGCAGUAUGUUCUCUCCAGGUUCUUCAAAUGGGCCCACCUUCAGGACCUCGAUGCUGCAGAAUACGAGGAGGCCCCUGCAGUAACCUACAAUAUGUCGUUUGAGGAGCAAGAUCUUCAGGGAAGAGCAGCAAACAUGGAUAGUGGUGAAAUUCUUGACGAGGUCAUUACAAGAAGCCGAGGUGAGAUCCGACACCCUCACAGCCCAAAAGUGACGAGUUCAACACCCACAUCCUUCGAAGGCAUAAAGCCUGCUUACAGCCCGCGAAUGGCAUGCAGUCCCCGAUCAAGCGAGUUCAGACCGAGCUCAAGUCCUAGGCUCAACGGGAAGGAGAUCGAAGAAAAGCGCUCCUGCAGCCCUGGGCCUUCCACUGUAGGAAGAAGCCCGCAAGGUCCGUUGUAAAGCUAAGAAGCGUGUAUAAAGGGAUGGUGCUCGAGAGGCCGCGUACUGAGUUUACGUAAACUGAGUCCAUGUCUUAGGUUCUGAUUCUUGUUCUAACCCGUCAGAGCAAUGUCUACUGUUGCUGUUAGUCGUGCUGUUUCCCAACGUGUCUUCCUUGUAGGAUUUGGCAGAGGACAAUAUUGUCAAUGCAAAUGAAAAUCGAAAGGUUAUAUCUUGUAAGUCGUAA